CAUUUCCGCUGUGGCCUUGCAUCGUUCUCGGGAUUGUUCGGCUGGUAACGGUCGGUGAGUUCAAAUGUUCGGCUGCAGAUCCUCCUGCGGACUGAAGUGAAGAAAGAGCCAAGCGAAAACACACGGACGGAGUGUUGAGGCGGAAUGACGGUGCUGCAGGAACCUGUCCAGGCUGCAGUGUGGCAGGCUCUGAACCACUACGCCUACCUGGACGCAGUUUUCCUCGCUGAGAGACUUUACGCUGAAGUGAGGUCGGAGGAGGCUCUCUACCUGCUGGCUACCUGUUACUACCGCUCUGGGAAGCCGUAUAAAGCAUACCGGCUGCUGAAGGCCCAUAGCUGCUCCACGCCACAGGUUCGAUUCUUGUUGGCCAAGUGCUGCGUCGAGCUCAGCAAGCUCGCUGAAGGAGAGCAGGUUCUGAUUGGUGGAGUGCUAAACAAACAGAAGAGCCAGGAUGACAUCAUCACAGAGUUUGGGGACUCCGCCUCCUUCACCCUGUCAUUACUGGGACACAUUUACUGUAAGACAGAUCGUGUUGCUAAAGGUGCCGAGUGUUUCCAGAGGAGUUUAACCCUCAACCCGUUCCUGUGGUCACCUUUUCAGAAUCUCUGUCACCUAGGAGAAAAACCCGAUCCAGAUCAGGUGUUUAGGUUGUCCUCACUACAGAACUCCUCGCUAGCCCCGCCCCCACCGUCUGUAAGCCCCGCCCAGAAUGCCUCUCAUCGCCUAGACACCGCUCUCAUGGAGACGCCACAGGACACGCUGGAGUUAAAUCGUUUAAAUCUAGAAUCAUCAAAUGGAAAGCUGACGUCUGAUUUGUCAGUUUCCUACAUCGACUCCUCCCUCAUCUCCCCGGAGACCGGCUCCCUAUUGGGUAACACCGUCUCCAUGGCAUCAGCCGGCUCUCUAUUGGCUAAACAGAACAAGCCCAAGAGUGGGCGGAGUUUACUGGGAGGACCUGCGGCCCUCAGCCCUCUGACGCCCAGUUUUGGUAUUCUGCCCCUGGAGCCCAGCCCAGGAGACCCUACAUAUCUACAGAACUACUCUGCAACCAUGGAAACGCAAAGUACUGCCCCCAGCAAGAAGUCUGUUUCUAGGAUCAGUCAGUCAAAGUCUGUCUUCAGUCAGAGUGGUAACAGUAGAGAUGUCCUCCCCAUCCCCUUCAACCAAUCACAGACCUCUGCUCCUCACACCAGUGGCUCCCCUCAGGUCCUCAGUCCCAGUAUGUCUGGUCCUCCAAAUGUUCAGCCCAGAAGAAGCUCCAGACUGUUUACUAGUGCCAGCUCUACUGCCAAGGAAAACAGCAAGAAGUUAAAGAUGAAGUUUCCUACAAAAAUCCCCAAUAGGAAAACCAAAUGUAAAUCAGCGAAGACAUCAAACAGCAGUAACCUGAACGAGAGUCUGGACAUCCUGAGACUGGAUUCCAGUCUGAGUCUACCAGACACCAAGAUCCCCCAGUACCAGAGGGCUGCUGCAGACAGCGUGAUGGCGUUGCUACGGGAACUGGGACGUGGCUACCAGGCGCUGUGUUCAUACAACUGCAGGGAGGCCAUCCAUAUCCUAACCUCACUCCCUCCCCAGCACUACAACACUGGCUGGGUCCUCACUCACAUCGGCAGGGCCUACUUCGAACUGGCCGAGUACACACAGGCGGAGCGUCUGUUCAGUGAAGUGCGCAGGAUCGAGUCGUACAGAGUCGAAGGGAUGGAGAUUUAUUCCACCACUCUGUGGCACCUGCAGAAAGACGUGGCGCUGUCCGCCCUGUCCAAAGACCUGACCGACAUGGACAAGAACUGUCCUGAGGCCUGGUGUGUAGCGGGUAACUGUUUCAGUCUGCAGAGGGAACACGACAUCGCCAUCAAGUUCUUCCAGAGAGCUAUCCAGGUGGACCCGAGCUUUGCAUAUGCGUACACUCUGUUGGGUCAUGAGUUUGUUCUGACUGAAGAGUUGGAUCGGGCCCUCGCCUGCUUCCGAAACGCCAUCAGAGUCAACAACAGACACUACAACGCAUGGUAUGGUCUGGGGAUGAUUUACUACAAACAGGAGAAGUUCAACUUGGCCGAAAUCCACUUCAAGAAAGCUCUGAGCAUCAACCCUCAGAGCUCGGUGCUGCUCUGUCACAUUGGAGUGGUGCAACAUGCUUUGAAGAAGUCUGAUGCCGCUUUAGAGACUCUGAACAGAGCGAUCGGGAUCGACCCUAAAAAUCCACUCUGCAAGUUCCACCGAGCAUCUAUACUGUUCGCCAAUGACAAGUACAAGGCGGCUCUUCAGGAGUUGGAGGAGUUAAAGCAGAUUGUUCCCAAAGAGUCUCUGGUUUACUUCCUUAUAGGAAAGGUGUAUAAGAAGUUGGGUCAGACUCACCUGGCCCUGAUGAACUUUAGCUGGGCAAUGGACCUGGAUCCUAAAGGAGCAAACAACCAGAUCAAAGAAGCCAUCGACAAGCGAUACCUGCCUGAGGACGAAGCAGCGGAGGUGGACGACAGUCAGGACAGCAGCAUCAUGACAGAUGCCGACGACACACAGCUGCACACGGCUGAGAGCGACGACGUUCUUUAACCCCGCCCCUUUGGUGUAGCCCCACCCCCUGCUCGAGCCAAGCCCUGCCCCCUGCUCUGAGUGCUGUUGCUAGGCAGCAUCCCGACAGACAGAUCUUCAGUUUAGCUCCACCCCAGCCUUUUACCCUGUCCUCCUAUUGGCUUAAACAGACUGCUGCUGCCCUGAAGCCCCCCCUCUUCCUGUUUCCUUCCUCGUAUGUCAUUGAGGCGGUCCUCUGACAUCAAAGCUGUUUUUUAUGUUCUUUUUAUCCUGAUGGAAAUAAAUCAAUAAAAACAUGUAAACCCCA